UUAAAACCAAUUGACAAUAACUAAUAAGUAAAAUAACCCUCUUUAUAUUUAAAUCACCGUUUCUUUGAUAUUUUUUAAUGUAAAAUUUUCCUACUCAACAACAUUCACAAAAAAAGAAAGCAGCGUGGCACAGUACAGGCAUAUGCAUGUGAAAACAAGGCUUUAUUAUAUUGGCCAUCACUGUCCCAAUGCAGGAGGAGUAAGAAGCAACAGUGGAUAUCAUCUUCAUUCUCCACAGAACAAGAGUGUCAUCCAAACAUAUUCACAUGUAGUUGAGUGCAAGUCAGAUGCCUCACAAGCCAAUCAGGAAGAACAAGAACAAAGUGAGUAGGCGGAUCUGAACCAACCAGCACCACACAUUAUUGAUAUCUGUCUAUUAACUAACACCCAACUGUCGGUUAAGUUGAAAAGCUGGAGCUCAUAAAUAUGACCAAGAGAAAGCAUCAAUGAAAGUUUAAUUGACAAAGACAACCAAUUUAAAGUACACAGUGUCCUCAUUAUGCAAGACAGUUGGUACUCAACUCAAGCUGCCACAUACCAAUUAAUGAAUGAAUCCCUUUCAGGCUUCCACACUCAAAAAGGAUAAUUAAAAUUAUUAUAUCAUAAAUAAAUGAAAAAGGAUCAU